AAGGGAGGGAGGAGGAGGAGGAGAAAGAGAGAAGGAGGGAGAAAGGGAGAAGGAGCCGCGGAGCAGAUUUGCGAAGGAAGGCGAGGUGUUUUUCGCAUCCGCAUCUUCUCUUUCCCGGCCCCGGCCAUGCCGCAGCCUCCUCCGGGCGUGGGGCGCCGCCUUUCCCCCUUGGCGAGGCCCCCUUGGCGAGGACGACCCCGGCCCCUCCGAUGAGCGGCCUCGGCAGCGGCAGGACCCCCUCCUCCUCCUGGCCCGCAGGAUGGUGCAGAAGUCGCGCAACGGCGGCGUGGGCUACCCGGGCGGCUCCUCGGGCGAGAAGAAGCUGAAGGUGGGCUUCGUGGGGCUGGACGCCGGCCCGCCGGACUCCACCCGCGACGGGGCCCUGCUCAUCGCCGGCUCGGAGGCGGGCGAGGGCGGCGGGCGCGGCGGGCUGGGCGGCGGGGGCGGCGGGCCCGGCAAGCGGGGCUCCAUCCUCAGCAAGCCCCGCUCCGCCGUCUCCGGGGGGAAGCCGCCCAAGAGGAACGCCUUCUACCGCAAGCUCCAGAAUUUCCUCUACAACGUGCUGGAGAGGCCCCGCGGGUGGGCCUUCAUCUACCACGCUUACGUUUUUCUACUGGUUUUCUCCUGCUUGGUGCUCUCUGUCUUUUCUACUAUUGAUGACUAUGAGGCGAGUUCUGAAGGUGCCCUCUAUAUUCUGGAAAUAGUCACCAUUGUGGUCUUCGGUGUGGAGUAUUUUGUCAGAAUCUGGGCUGCUGGUUGCUGCUGCCGGUAUCGGGGCUGGAGGGGAAGGUUAAAAUUUGCCCGCAAACCCUUUUGCGUCAUCGACAUCAUGGUGUUAAUUGCCUCCAUUGCCGUAUUGGCCGCUGGGUCCCAGGGGAAUGUCUUUGCCACGUCCGCACUCAGGAGUUUGCGGUUUCUGCAGAUCUUGCGGAUGAUACGGAUGGACCGGAGGGGAGGCACUUGGAAGCUGUUAGGAUCAGUAGUGUAUGCCCAUAGCAAGGAGCUGAUCACUGCCUGGUACAUUGGUUUCCUUUGCCUCAUCUUAGCCUCUUUCCUGGUCUACUUGGCUGAGAAGGGCGAAAACGAGCACUUUGACACCUAUGCAGAUGCCUUGUGGUGGGGCCUGAUUACACUGACCACUAUUGGCUAUGGGGACAAAUAUCCACAGACAUGGAACGGACGCCUCCUUGCAGCCACGUUUACCCUGAUUGGCGUGUCCUUUUUUGCCCUCCCUGCUGGUAUCCUAGGUUCUGGAUUUGCCCUGAAGGUUCAAGAGCAACAUCGUCAAAAACAUUUUGAGAAAAGGAGGAAUCCUGCAGCAGGCCUGAUUCAGGCUGCUUGGAGGUUUUAUGCCACCAACCUCAGCCGCACGGAUCUGCAUUCCACUUGGAAUUACUACGAGAGAACGGUCACUGUUCCGAUGUACAGCUCACAAACGCAAAGCUAUGGUGCUUCCAGACUCAUCCCUCCUUUGAACCAGCUGGAACUCCUGAGGAACCUGAAGAGCAAAUCCGGAUUGACAUUCAGGAAAGAGCAACAGCCUGAGCCGUCUCCAAGUAAAAGCAAUCCAUGCAGAAAGUCACUUUGUGGAUGCUGCUCAAGAAACUCUAGUCAAAAGGUCAGCUUGAAAGAUCGUGUCUUCUCCAGCCCCCGAGGUGCAGCCACCAAAGGUAAAGGUUCUCCUCAGGCCCCAGGGAUCCGGCGAUCCCCCAGUGCGGACCAGAGCAUUGACGACAGCCCAAGUAAAGUCCCCAAGAGCUGGAGCUUUGGAGACCGAAGCCGAGCCCGGCAAGCCUUCCGCAUCAAGGGAGCUUCAUCCCGGCAAAAUUCAGAAGACGCAGGCCUUCCCGGAGAAGAUAUGGGAGAUCCUGACAACAAGAGCUGCAACUGUGAAUUUGUGACAGAAGAUCUUACCCCAGGCCUUAAACUCAGCAUCAGGGCAGUGUGUGUGAUGAGAUUUCUGGUUUCAAAACGGAAGUUCAAGGAGAGCCUGCGGCCCUACGAUGUAAUGGAUGUCAUAGAACAGUACUCGGCAGGACAUUUGGACAUGCUUUCCAGGAUCAAAAACCUUCAAUCCAGGAUAGAUAUGAUUGUGGGUCCCCCGCCCCCUUCAACUCCCCGGCAUAAGAAGUAUUCAACUAAAGGAUCCUCACCCCAAUACUCGCCUAGAGUUGACCAGAUUGUUGGGCGAGGGCCAUCUAUGACAGACAAGGACCGAACAAAAGGCUCGGCCGAAGGAGAACUUCAGGAAGAUCCAAGUAUGAUGGGCAGACUUGGAAAGGUAGAAAAACAGGUACAGUCCAUGGAGAAGAAGUUGGACUUCCUAGUGAACAUCUACAUGCAGCGGAUGGGGAUACCUCCAACAGAAACAGAAGCCUACUUUGGGUCCAAAGAACCAGAACCGGCACCACCUUAUCACAGCCCAGAAGACAGCCGGGAGCAUAUUGACAAAAAUGGGUGCAUUAUCAAGAUCAUUCGCUCCACGAGUUCCAUGGGACAGAAGAAUUUCUCUGCACCGCCGGCCACAACAGUGCCAAACAACUCAUGCCCCCCUUCCACUUCUUGGCAGCCAUAUCCCCGGCAAAGCCAUGGAGUCUCUCCCGUUGGUGAACCUGGUUCUUUGGUGAGAAUCCCACCACCACCUUCGCACGAGCGCUCCUCGUCUGCCUAUAGCGGUGGGCACAGGGCCAGUGCCGAGUACGCAAAGAAUGAAGACGUUACCGCUAAACAUCCUGAGAGUGCCCUGAGGGAUAGUGACACCUCCAUUUCGAUCCCCUCAGUUGACCAUGAGGAGCUGGAGCGUUCCUUCAGUGGGUUUAGCAUUUCCCAGUCCAAAGAAAAUUUGGACGUCCUUAACAACGGUUGCUACACCGCUGUGGCCAAAAUCAGACCCUACAUUGCAGAAGGGGAAUCAGACACGGAUUCUGAUCUCUGCACGCCCUGUGGGCCUCCACCACGGUCAGCAACAGGUGAGGGACCUUUCAGUGACAUGGGCUGGUCAACACCUAGACAGUGAAGCAAUGGGACAUCAUCCGAAUUCAACGUGAAGAACACGGGCCAGCUUGUUGUCCUCAUGCUACACGUCUUCAGAAGACUGUUCUUUGACCUGGAAGCUGUGGGUGUUUCAUCACAGUUUUGCUCUGGGGUUUGGGGAGCAAAUGUUGUGUGCUCUACAGGGAGAGGUCACUGUAGCAAAUAAUUUGAAGCCUUGAAAUGUUUGGAAUUCUUUCGUACUAUCUUUCUAAAGCUGAUAGGUGCACCUAUUAUUAUACAUCAGGGUAGGUAGGUAGCUCAAGUUCUUGGUGAUCUUUUCAGCUAAGAAUGCACAGACAUCAUUUAGGAGAGUGGGUCAAAUAAGUGGUGAGAAACCUUUUUUUCUUACAAUAGGUAAUAGCACUGAGCUAUCAGAUCACAUACAAGAUAUACUGGUAUGGGAAAAGAAACAUGCCACUAAUUCUGCCUUGGGAAUGGGGAAAACAAGCCUGGAAGUGGAUUGACAAGUGUGGGUUUAAUGAUAGUUACAGAGAAAUUAGCAGUAGGGACCCUGACCUGGUUGUACAAUGGAUAGGUUAUAUCCAAAUGGCACACAGAUGAUGGGGCAAAAUAAAUGUGUUCCUGCAGUACUGGGGAUAGGGCCACAGUUACAAUAGGGAUACCUGAACGCAAAAAACAAGGAAGUCUGUGGAAAGCAAGGUUUCUUUUUCUUUUAAAUUUACAUCUACAAGAUGGCAUCAAAGCAUCUCUUGAUCUGCAUGCUCAAAUGUUUACAUGGCUUUGCACUUGUUUGAACCUUGUUAUUUAAUGCAGGAGAGAAUAAACUCCCUUGGGAGGAUACUCCAUUUGCUUUGGUAAAAAAAAAAAAUAUUUGGAAGCCAAGAAUUGUCUUCUCCAAGUGCAUCAGUUCACCAGAAUAGGAUCAGGCAGUGCAACCUCUGAAUCAUUCACAUUUAUGUAGCCACAUUUCUAGUAUUUAUUCACAAGAUUUAAAAUGCCUGUUUACACACAACAUGCUGCAUUAUUCACAAGAAAGAGAGGUUAAUUGAGGCAUUUUUAGCAUCACCUGUGGAAGGCAACUGGCCACUGUAACACUGCCUUGCAUCCACACCAAUACAGGAUAUACAAGGAACUUGAGAGUCAUCCAAAAGAUCAGAAGUCUUAUGUUAGAUCUCUAGUUCUGAAAGGAAGUUCACUUGAAAUUCUAGAAGGUGGAGGAUGAAGCUGAAUUAGUAACAGUUGGACUCUGAAGCUGAAAUUUUACCUUGGGACUUUCCCUUGUGCUUGGAUGCUUGAGCACACUUGUGAAGAAACUCUCCUUCUUUUCCAAGAUCCCCGAGUUAGACAGAUGUCUAAUUUCUUCACUGUUUCUGUUUUAACUUUGUGCCAACUCCAGGCAACUUGCCUUGAUUUUGUAUUUUUUUUUAAUUAGGCACCACUUUGUGUUGCUUGAACUAUGUUGCUCCUCUCCCCCUUUUCUUCGUCAUUAUUUCAAAGAGCUGAUAAUGACCGGAGAAUGAUCUCCAAAGUCAUAGAAGAGAAUUCUUUGCACUUCCAAUUUGUUAAAAUUUCCACAAGAUUAUCUUCUAUAGUUCUGAUACAAUUUGAGUAUAGUUCUAAUUUCAUUUUGCAUGGGAGGGUAAGGGAGUUACUUAUUCUAAAUAUACACAUUUAUUGACCACGUUGUGAACAGGUAUUAUUUAUUAUUUAUUUACAGUAUUUAUAUUCUGCCCUUCUCACCCCAAAGGGGACUCAGGGCGGAUUACAAUGAACACAUAUAUGGCAAACAUUCAAUGCCAACAGACAAACAACAUUCAGUUUCGACAGACAUAGAGGCAUUUUAACAUCUUUCCAGCUUCACGAUUCCGGCCACUGGGGGAGCUGUUGCUUCACCGUCCACUUGGUGGCUGUUCUUCCUCAUUCUUUUCCUCGUGUUUUGCUGGCAGUUUUAUGGUGUUGUAAAUUAGUUAAAUUGGCCUCCCGCAUAAAGCGUACCUAAAUUUUCCCUACUUGACAGAUGCAACUGUCUUUCGGGGCUGCAUAGGUCAACAGCAAGCCGGGGCUAUUAAAAAAAAUUUUUUUUUAAUGGUCGGAGGCUUAACCUGACCCGGGCUGCGAACUCAUGACCUCUCGGUCAGUAGUGAUUUAUAGCAGCUGGUUACUAUCCAGCUGCGCCACAGCCCGGCCCCUAGGUACUAGGAAUUUAUUUGGCAAUAUCCAACAGUGUUGCCAUCAACUUGUUUUGGUUUCCUUAUUGAGAUAUUUGAACAACUCUGAUGUUCUUUGAUACCAUAAGACAUCUUCACACCUCCAUUCCCUCAUAUCUGGGUAUCUAAGAACUGAAUUUAAAAAUUCAAAAAUAACUUCAUAUAAAAUAAACUAAGAGUAGGCAUACAGUUGCUGAGUAUUUUCCUUAGUUUUGUUAUACCAGUGCUCAGGAUAUUUGUGAGACCUUGUGAACAGAAAGGAAAACAAUGAACAUAGUGUUGCUGUGUCUGCUAUAGGAAAACCAAUAUAAUCUUAAAACAUGCAAAGGCUAAUUUAUUGUUCAAUGAAAUUUGGGAGGCAAGAAGUCAGGGCUACAAUUAAAUUAGAGAAAAGAUUAAUCCUGUGAGUUUUGCUUCAUUACAUUUAGGAAAAUUGUGUGUAUGAUGGAAUAAAGAGAGAACACACACUUUCAAUAAUGCGUGCAUCACAUUAGCCAGAACUUCAGAAUAAACAUCCCUUCUUUUGUGAGUUGGAAGAAUAUUUUAUCACAUGUCAGCAUGGCUUUAGUAAUUAUUAAUGUUAGAGAAUCAAACCAGGUUUUUAAAAAUUUGAGAGUCCCUUUUAUUCAACUUUGAAAAAAAUAGUCUAAUAAUAUUUACAUUGUAUUCUUUAAUUAUAUACAUGCAAGCCUAUAUACACAUAUGGGUCAGUUUAGAAGUGAGGGAAUCAGUUUUGGGAAGGGAAGAUAAUAAUAUAAAUAAUAAUAAAACUUUAUUUAUAUACCGCCCUAUCUCCCGGAUGGGACUCAGGGCGGUUUACAGUCAUAAAAGCAACACAACAUUACAUAACGACAUAACACACAUUAUUAAACAAGGUAAAAUAGUACAAUUAUAACGAUAAAUCACACUUACAUGACCAGAUCAAGGGGACGGGAACCAUAAACCCAAUAUAUUAAAAUGUAUCAUUUUGGAUAGGGAAAUCUUGUGCAAUGUAUUCAGGCUCAGAAAUCGGCGGUAGUCCAAUAUAAUUACUCAAAAACCUGCUGGCUCCUAGGACUGAAGUCAAUAUUUCAGUUGCAAAGGGUCAAUGAAAUUAUAGGUAUGUGCUGGUCUAGUAAUGGAUGAGUGGAGAUUCAAAUUCAGCUCUUUCAUGUCUGACUACAGCUCUUUAUUCCAUUAUAUCACACUUGUUCUCAUAGUGUGUACUGCAGCUCCAUUUUAAUGUAUAGAACUUAAAAUAGCCAUGUCCAGAAUCAAACUUUCCUGUUUGUAGAGGCAGAACCAAUCCUUGUAUACUUGCCAAUAUGACAUACGGUCAUUUAAAAUAUGAUUGCCUAUCGCUCUGUAACCAUCAUGAAGACCUAAGCUAUAAUAUCAUAUCAUUUUUGUGGGAAACUGGUGACCCUACAUCCCCAGUGUCUCUUGGACAUACCCAAUCUGAAUGGCCUUGUUUUGGAUAAUUUUCCCACUGCCAAUAUUACAUCUGGUUCUCACACCAUGAAACCAGACCUCAGUCUAAAUCUUGCCUGUGUGAAUUAUUCCCAGGACUUCUCUCUGGGCUACAUUUUCUAAAUGUUGUUUGUUAACCUUCCUUUAAGAGUUAAGAUGGAAUGUGAUCUUCUGCAACUAAUGAUAUUUCAGAUGUGAUUGGUGUUGAAGGUACAGUGGAAGAUAAUAUUAUAGAGUUCCAACCGAUCUCCAAUCUUAGCCAUACUCUAUAAUACAGAAUGUUACACAUGAAAACCAAGGAAUUCUCCUUUUUCACUCUUGUUGCUUCCUCACUUCCUUGCUCAACAGGUUGUAGUAAACUGAGUAGCUCAAAAGUUGGUCAGAGUUAAUAACACUACGUUUAAAUAAACCCAACCAGUGUACUUCAGUGGUUACAGAUGUUGAUACUCCAUCGGCACAAUAUUGCGUGCCUUACACUAUGUCUAAGGAGAGACAAACACAAUCUUUUGAUAACUAUUAACCAAGCUUGUAUUUUCAGUUUGAAGACAAUGUAACACAUAUCCUCUUUCCCUGUUGAAUUGUCCUAGAAAGCCUGCUUUAGAGUAUAUGAACGUGUGCUUCUCAGACUAGCUCACAUAAUGCACUCAGCUUUUGCCUGCAAAUGCAUGCCAGAUGAGACAAGUAGAAACCAAUGCUGUUGUGUAUGCAUCUGCACUCCAAGAAAGGUUGCAAAGAGAGCAUUGGAAAACAUAUAUUGCGCAAAUGCUAGUAAGCAAAGUCAAUCAUGCUAGGGGUAAAACUUGCAUAACCAUCUCAAUAGAUUUGACAGGCAAUACCAAUAUACUGACAGUCUAUGAUAUCAAUGCAUGUCAUAUCUUACUUGUGGAUAUGAAACGCGUGAUGAGUUCUAUUACAUGUAACUUUGUGGGAUAAGUUGAUACAUUUCCUGCUUAAUUAAUACUAAUAGUCCUUAGCAUUCAUGGAAUAUUUCAGAAUGUUCAAUGUAUUUAGUAUACAGUACAUAAUGUCAGUAAGCCUUACAACAGCCCUGUUGUUUCCAUAUUGGAGUGGGGACUGAGGCUAACAAAACAACAUUGGUUUGCCUGUAUUCAUAAAGUGACUUUCUACAGAUGUAAGAUUUCAGCCAGGACUUGUGGCCCACUCCUCCAGUCCCUAGUUUAUGAUAAAGAAAACAAAAAGAGAAGUGAGCUGAUCUCCAGGAUUAAAACAAUAUUGUGUUGAAUAGAUUGUGAAAAUAUCCACAUCUAUAGUCUCUUGGAACAGUUUCCCUGUUAGCACUUUUGUUUACAUGUGAUAAAAGCCAUAUUGGAGCAUCUUUCUGUUGCAAGAAAUCUCCACACAUGAUGCCUAUGUUUUUUAUGUUUCUCCCCAUUUUAUAAUGCUAAAUAGGAUGUCUAAUUGAAAUUGAUAUGCUUUGAUUCUGGAUAUAAAGCAAAGGGGAUACUUUGUCCAACAACGCACAGCUAAGCUAUAGAGCAGUGGUUCUCAACCUGUGGGUCUCCAGAUGUUUUGGCCUACGACUCCCAGAAAUCCCAGCCAGUUUACCAGAUGUUAGGAUUUUUGAGAGUCGAAGGCCAAAACACCUGGGGACCAUAGGUUGAGAACCACUGCUAUAGAGCAUAUUGAUAAAAGAUGCAUGGCCAGUGAUGGAAACUUGAUUCAGGAUAGUUUGAUCUAGCAGAUCUCCAUAAUAGUUCAUCAUUUCUCUUUUAAUCCAACAUUCAAUCUAGUGAAAAAUAUUUGUUGACUAAUUGUUAGUAACUUUGUUCAGACAACCUAGUGACAUUGGUAUCAAUCAGAUUAAAUGAAUGAGGGACAAUCCAGCCUCUACAAAAAAAAAAUCUGUCUCCCUAAGAGAUAAAAUUGUGUCUUUUAUCCAAAAUGCAUUGUUACAUGUAAUAAACCCAAACGUUAAAAAAAGAAAAUCAUAGACACCAUCAGGUAAUAUACAGUAUUUAAAAUGUUGCUUGCCAGUUAUAUGUCUGUGUUAAGCAACUGGGCAAUACGAGAAAUACCCCUUUGCUAUUAUGAGGAAUGCUGCAUUUGAAUGCUUUUAUAUACUAAUGUAAGAAAAAUAUCAGAGAGCAAAAAUAGUUACAGGCUGUCUCCAAUCUGAUUUUUUAAAUGAUAAUAGGAAGGAUAAAAAAGCAAAAUAGUAAUGUUGAAGAUUGCCUGCUUGUCAAUAUUGUAUUCCUGUCUAUUCAACUUUGUUUCUCAUUAGGGCUGUGAAUCAUGUACAUGAUGAGAUCUGUGUACAUUUUCUCUUUCUGCUAUAAUCACGUGAGAAUGGGGACAUAAUCCAUCAGGGAAUUAGUCAUAAUAAUGAAAGAAGUCUAGAAAGAAGAGCAGGUACUGCUCAUAAAUAUAGUAGAAGGAUUUUUUCUCCAAGGUAUGAGGCUGCCAGGCCAUGAAGGGCUUUCAAGGUUAAAACUAGCCCUGGGCUGGCUGGUGGCUUCCAUGCUGGGAGUGUGAUGGAUUUGCUCUGGGUUUCAUUCCAACUUCACUGGUGGUUCCAAGGUGCUCAACACACUGAAAAACCCAUUUAAAGUCUGGAACAAAAUCCAGAGCAAAUUUACUACACUCCUGAUAGGGAAGCCUCCACCCAACCUUGACGGACACCUUGAUUUGGGUCUGGAAGCUCACUAGCAAAGAAAUGAGCACUUUGGCAGGUUUUUUGUUGAAGUCAUGUUGAUUUUCAUGUUUUCCUGAUUGGUUGUGCCUCAGAACAACACAAAUGUGGCCGUCCAAGGAUGCAUGUGUUGUGAAAUUUAUAAUCCAUGAUAUGUAAGUUUGUUACCCAUGUGCACAGACUCAAAUAGGUCCAGUUCUCACUGAUAUAUUUAACCAUUAUCCCAUUUGUAUUACUUCAGACUGCAGACCCUCAUGCAAAGUGAAGAAAGGCAGCAGGAACAGUUUUACCUUCUAACUAGCCACUUUCUUGCCACAUGGAAUUAUGUGUUCUGGGAUUUUCUUUUCUAUUUUGGAGUCAGUGGCAGUUCACAGCUCCAACACAAGUGAGACAAUGAAUUUCCUUCAGCUGAGCUUUCAAGGAGCUCUCCAAAGUGCUGAAUCUGUUUUGAGGGCCAAGUUCAGCACCUUGGAAAGCAGCGUUAAGGCAAUUUCACAACUCCCCCAAUAUUGGAACUGUCCUCCAACACUUUUUAGAGGACACUGAAGCACACGAUCCUCCCACACCCUCAUGCAAUGGGAAGAGCUGUAGCAGAAACAAUUCUACCUGCUGAAUGAGCAUAAGGCUUAACUUCAGUAGAAUCUACAUCAUGAAAUGGGGAGAUGGUUGAUUCCAGUGUGAAGCAGUGGGCUCAAUAUUAAUUAGUUCAGUCUGGUCUUCUUUCACCAAUUCUGAAAUAUGAAGUGAUAACCCACUUAUCAGAGGUAGAAUUAAGAUUUCAGUAUAUUCUGUGAUUAGGGAAAAUCCAUUUAAUGGAAAUGGGAUCUAAACACAUGGAUAGUAGGAAUAUAGGAAGGUGCCUUAUAUCGAUUCAUGUCACUGGUUCAUCUAGCUCAGUACUAUCUGCAACAUUUGGCUGCCUUCUCAGGAUUUCAGACAUUAUUCAUUCCCAGGCAUACCUGGGAUUGUGAGGAACUGAGUCUAGGACGCACUGUAUGCAGAGCAUGUGCUCUACCACUGAGAUAUAGCCCUUCCUUUCAAUCUAUGGUCCUUUAUCAUAAGACUUUACAAUUGCAUAAUACAAAACAUUAGCAUGUGAGCUACAAUUUAUCUCUCAAGGUUGCAUCCUCUGGGAUCCUGGGAUUUAUAGCUGGGUGAAAGGCUAUUGCUUGGCUGAGAAUUCUAAAAAGCCCUCCCUAAAUUACAAAUCCCAGGAACCCAUAGCAUGGGACCAUGGCGGUUAAAGUAGAAUCAUAAUUCUGUGAUUGUGUAAUGUGGAAGGUCCCCAAGGUGCAAAGGGAAGAAAAUAACCAUGAGACAUGAUAUGUCAAAUACGAUCUUUAGAGCAUAAGUUUGGAAGUGAUUUUCAUCUCCUUUGUGGAUUAUGUUGAUAGAAUGUCGUUGUUUCUAAUAACAUUAUUAGGCAAAUUGCCUUUAUCCAGCAAAGUCAGAUCUGAGCAUGUACUGUAUAUACUCAUGCAUAAGUCUAGGAGUUUUAGCCCAAAAAUUGAUUCAAAAAUCCUGUGUUGACUUAUCUAUGAUUGAAUAUACGUACUGUCCCUCAAUUCUUAUCAAUAAAGGACCAUCUCUGAGUGAAAGGUGAUAAGUGAGAGCCAUGACCAUCCUGGGAGAACUUAAAAGAAGCAGCAGUUCCCUCUGCUCUCUCUGCUGCAAUGCUGCUUCUGGCAUUUUUGGAUGCCUGGUAACGUGGUCGUGGUGGUGCCCAAGGCUGGUUGGGCCCAUAAGAUGGUGCUGGUCCACCAAUAAAAUCAAAAUCCACAAUUUUGGCCCCAAAAUGUGCCCUCAACCUAUACAUGAGGUCAACAUAUACAUGAGUAUAUACAAUAAGUCACUUUUCACAUGUGAUACCGAUGGCCAUGCGCUAUGAAGUUCAGCCAGCCUGUAAACUGGGUGGACUGGGGUAAAGUCUUGAUAGGACUGGGAUGGGGUCAGGUAAACAAUUGCACUUGGUGGCAGCUGGUAUUAAACAAGAGCAUGUCCCAGUGACUAUAGCACCUCUAAAUAUAGAAGAUAAUUGGGAUGCUAACCAUAUUGUCAACUCUCUUCAGCAAUCUUCUCUGAUCAGAAACUUGGAGUGAAGCACCAUGGAGAGAUAAGGUCACAAUGGCUCUAUUGAUAGUGUAUUAUGUGUGGUUUUUAUUAUCCACCUGUUAUACUAACCAGUGGUUGAAUCAAACAUGGGAUGGAUUCAGUGGUUGCUGCAGUAUGAUAUGUCUUCUCUUGAAUGUGAUGGUUGGUUGUGCUCUUUUAGGCAAGACAAAGUUGCUGUUGUGUUAGGUUUGUCCACCAAGGAGGUUCCCUCCGCCCUCUCUAUUGCACGCUGUUCGCCGCACACACUCAAACAAGCAUCAAACCUGGGGUCGUCCUUUUGAUAGUAACGAUGACAUCUCUGCUUCUUUUCGUUAGCUCUGUUGCCUUGGCUUUCUUGCACAUUUGUUCCUGCUCCAAAGAAUAUUUCAUAAUGCCUUUGGUACUGAUGUACAAUUUUAAGACAUUUUUGUAUUGUAUUGAAUGGGACACACCUUAUCUUGUAUUAUAGCAAUUGGAACUUUAUUAUUUCCCCUUUGUUGAAUGUGUAACUUUUACUGUAAAUUUCAAAAGAAAAAAAAAACCAAGCAUUUGUUGACUGUU